CUGUGCUGGUACUGAUAAUUGACACAGAGCAGCUGUCAUGUCAGCUAUGGGGAGCAUACAGCAGAGAAACCUACGCUAUUUGGCCCUUGUCUUUUUCCUCCUGACCGCUUCUUCACCUGCUGCAGAGAGCCUCUCAAAGCCCAGCAUCUCCAUGAAUCCUGCUGGUGAGGUUACCUGGGGUCAGAACGUCAGCAUCACUUGUUCCAUCUCAAUACAGGUUCAUUUAGACGGAACAUUCAUCCUGCAGCAGACCUCAGGCUCAUUCAGAAAGACCCAAACAUCAAGUACCAACUCUGCUACCUUCAUUAUACCUAAAGUGAACUUUGAUAAUGAAGGAUCGUACCAGUGUCAGUAUCAGACAAGUGUUUCAAGACGAGACUUCAGCUCCCCUUUAAGUGACUCUGUCAGACUCUCUGUUACUGGUGUUCAGAUCAGACUAGCUGGGUCCGGGUCUACUCAGUGCUCUGGGAGAGUUGAAAUCUAUCACAACAACACCUGGGGAACAGUCUGUGAUGACAGCUGGGACUUAAAUGAUGCUGAGGUGGUGUGCAGACAGCUGGGCUGUGGUGGAGCACUGAGGACUGCUCAGUCGACCCAUUUUGGUCAAGGAACCGGUCAAAUCUGGCUCGAUGAUGUGGCCUGUUCAGGAAGUGAAAGGUCUCUAACUGAGUGUCGGCACAGAGGAUUUGGGUCACACGACUGUAACCAUGGUAAGGAUGCUGGUGUCAUCUGUUCAGAGAGCCUCUCAAAGCCCAGCAUCUCCAUGAAUCCUGCUGGUGAGGUUACCUGGGGUCAGGACGUCAGCAUCACUUGUUCCAUCUCAAUACAGGUUCAUUUAGACGGAACAUUCCUCCUGCAGCAGACCUCAGGCUCAUUCAGAACGACCCAAACAUCAAGUACCAACUCUGCUACCUUCAUUAUACCUAAAGUGAACUUUGAUAACGAAGGAUCGUACCAGUGUCAGUAUCAGACAAGUGUUUCAAGACGAGACUUCAGCUCCCCUUUAAGUGACUCUGUCAGACUCUCUGUUACUGUGAGACUUCCAAAGCCCAGCAUCUCCAUGAAUCCUGCUGGUGAGGUUACCUGGGGUCAGGACGUCAGUGUCACUUGUUUGAUCUCAACUCAGCAUUUAGGUGGAACAUUCCUCCUGCAGCAGACCUCAGGCUCAUUCAGAAAGACCCAAACAUCAAGGACCAACUCUGCUACCUUCAUUAUACCUAAAGUGAACUUUGAUAACGAAGGAUCGUACCAGUGUCAGUAUCAGACAAGUGUUUCAAGACGAGACUUCAGCUCCCCUUUAAGUGACUCUGUCAGACUCUCUGUUACUGUGAGACUGCAGCCGCCCAGCAUCUCCCUGACGUCUCCUAACAGAGGUUCAGAGGUCACCAGGGGUGACAGCUUUGUCUUCACCUGCUCCAGUUCCUCCCACUAUCCCACUGGUGUUUUCUUCCUCAUCUUCUCUGGCUCCAACAUCACUGACCCCAAGCCAGCAGUCAACCACUCAGCCUCCUUUAACUUCCCUGCUGCUGAGUACGAACACCAGGGCAACUACAGCUGUGUGUAUGAAGUCACAUGGUCUACACGGAAAUACACUUCUCCCACGGCUGCACCAGUUAGUGUCCUCAUCAAAAUGCCUUUGUUGCCGCUGGUUUCCUCAGUAGCAGGUGGGGGUCUGCUGCUGCUCCUGCUGGUCUUGGUGGUUUGUUUGGUUGUCAGGAGAAGACGACGAGCCAAGCAGCCAGAAACCCUCGUCCAAACUCAAUUGUCUGUCAGAGGCAGCAACCAUUUUGAAGAUGAUGAGAAGGAGGAGGACUAUGUGAAUGUUGAUUCAGUAUGCACCAAGGGGAAACUCAAAGAGGAAACAGGGAGAGGGGAAGAAGAGGAGAGUGAUGAUGACCAUGAUUAUGAGGAUGCUGGCCCCAAUGCAAAUUCUAUAAAGGACACAGUGAUCUGUUCCAGUGUAAAGGACAACAGAGAAGAAGAACAAGCAGAAGAAAAAGAAGAAGAAAGCAGUGAUGAUGAAGAUCAUGAUUAUGAGGAAGUUGGCCCCGAUGCAAAUUCUAUAAAGGCCACAGUGGUCUGUUUCAGUGUAAACGACAACAGAGAAGAACAAGCAAAAAAAGAAGAAAGCAGUGAUGAUGAAGAUAACUAUGUAAAUGUAACCCAGCCAUUUGUUGAAGAAAAUGUGGACAUUUAUGGAGAAAAUGAAGAUUUAGAUAUAUAUUAACUACCAUCCACUGUGCAAAACAUGUGCAUAUCAUCUUUCUUUGUCGUCCAGGUGCUGAGACCAAAAACUGAGUCUGUCCUCCAAGGGCUCGCAGCACUCCCAUUAAAAUGUUUAGCAGCCUAAACUAAUGACAUUCCCAUCAAAAUCAGGUGUACUUUGGUUAGUGCUAAUUAGUGCAUGUUAACAAAGUGAACUAAAUGAAAAUAGUGAACAUGGUAAACUCUAUACCAGCUAAACUUCAGCAUGUCAGUGUGCUGUGGUUAGCAUUUAGCUCACAGCAGCCUCACAGAGCCAUGAGUGUUGCUCACAAACUCUUAAUCUGGUUAUUUCUUAACACUGGGAAAAGUAUGUUUGUAUUUUGUCAUCUGACAAAGAGCCAAUUUAGGCUCUUAUGACUCCAUGUGGUCAAUAUGAGCCCAACACCAAAUAUGGCCCCACCAGGAGAAUAAUGAACCUUUUUUAAGAUUUAGAUGUUUUAUCCUACACAUAAUAUAUUAAAGGAGUUAUAUGUAUGUUUUUGAUGUUAAUAAAUCAAAUUUUCAUUGCCUUAUUGUCAAUGGGUUCAAAACUCACUCAGAAAUGAAGCACUUGCCUGUUUUCUCCGUUGCUUGCAUAAGUGACUAUUCUGCUUUUAAUGCAGUUGCUAAUGUUAUCCAGUGCAAAGUAGUAUCACUUUCCAUAUUACUUCACCAAUCUCGUGACACAAUCUCGUUAUAAUAUUCAGUCCAGGCUCACUAACCGUUUCAUUAUCAUCCAAUACAUUUAGCUACGCUGACAUUGCUGGACCUCCGGUGGAAAGAUAGGAAAGAUAGUUACUGAAAGCAGCAGGCUGUAGCUGUUAUUUAGUCUGUUGUGUUUUGGGGUUCUUUCCUGUCUGUUAUGAUUUAGAUUUUGGAACCUGUCUGCCUGGUGUUAGUUAUUUACCUCUCCUUGUUUGGUUGUUUUAUGUCUGUUUGUUCGGUAGAGGCGGAAGAGAGCCACAUGUUUAAUAGUGGCUUUUUUCGUUCACCGUCUACAGCAGAACUGUGACAACAGCUGCUCUACAGUGACGUAAAAGUCGCAUCAAUUGCGGAGUGUCCAGAUUCAGGUCGCAUUAAAAAAGAUCCAAUCUGUAUAGGAUUUGGACGACAUAUGGAAGUGGCCCAAUUCUGAACUGGAAAAGAUCAGAUUCCUGUGACUUGGACUGUUCACACUGCAAUAAAUAUAUCAGAUCUGAGUCACAUAUGGACAAAAAAAUCAGAUUUGGGUCACAUUAGCCUGCAGUCUGAACGUAGCCUAAAUGUUUGGUGUUUCUGUUCAGUCCCUGUCCGGUCAUUGUAUUGUGUGUGUAUGCUCUGUCGUGUCAUAUGAGGAGUGUUCUGCCUGUAGCUGUACUACCAGUUCUGGACUUGGAUUUUGCCAGUUUCUACUACCUGAGAGUUUUGUUCAUGCAUGCUGUUUUGGAUUAAAAUCCCCUGAACUGUA